AAAAAAAUUAAAUUCUCAGUAAUUUCUAGUAUCCCUGAUCCCCCAGGUUGACUACAUGAUCCUCAGGGUGACUGGAGACCUCUACUCCGGAUAUCCAGAAUAACUCCCAGCGAUGCCUAAAGUCCAACGGAUUGACUGACCCCCACCCCCGCCGCCCCCAUGCUCCUUUGUGAAGUGGGGUGAUUCCCCUGAGGAACUCUCAUCAGCUUUCUUCCCUGGAUGGCAGCUCAGGGCACUCCCUGCCGGGACUGCGGAGGCGGCAGGCCAGACCCAGCCCUAAAGACCGGCGGACCCCAUGUUUCCCCCAACUUCCCGUUCCCAGGGCCCCGGGUGGGGCGCGCCCCAUGUCCCCCACCCACUUUCCUCCUUCUCUCCCCCUCCACGCCGCCGCGCACAUUCCAACCCCAGGCUCCUGCGAUCCCGGCAGGCCAAAAAGUCUGGAGCGGAUAAAUAGCCACAAGAUCCGGAGUCGCUCGCCGUAGCUCUGGUCCAGUGUCCACCACCCAGAGCCUAUUUCCAUACAGGGAAACCAGCAGCACUUCUCGUGCCUACUUACCGUAGUGACUAGUGGGGGAGGCAAUGACCCCCCUGGAGCUGUGCUUCCGGCUGGGUGUGCACUUUCCCCAUCUCUCCCCCAGCCCCAUCCUGUCCAGUCCCUAGGACUACCCGAGAGCCCCCCACAGCCCUGAAUAGGGGAACUUGGUGCUCCUGCUUGUGCCCUCCAGCCUCUCUGUUGAUGCUGGAGCCCUGGGAUCAAACGGCUGAGUUGAUGGUAAUUUCCACGGCGCCCAUGACGCUGAGGGGAAAAGGCUAUAGGCUCCUUGGUCCAGAGUUGGAGAUCCCGAAGAUCAGAUCUCUCUCAUUUGCUCCUGCCAUGCCCCCAACUUCGAUGGAGCUGACCUCAAGGGAAGGAGGGAGGGGACAGCCUCUGCCCUGGGAACUUCGACUGGGCCUACUGCUAAGCGUGCUGGCUGCCACACUGGCACAGGCCCCUGCCCCGGAUGUGCCUGGCUGUUCCAGGGGAAGCUGCUACCCCGCCACGGGCGACCUGCUGGUGGGCCGAGCUGACAGACUGACUGCCUCAUCCACCUGUGGCCUGAAUGGCCCCCAGCCCUACUGCAUCGUCAGUCACCUGCAGGACGAAAAGAAGUGCUUCCUUUGUGACUCCCGGCGCCCCUUCUCUGCUAGAGACAACCCACACAGCCAUCGCAUCCAGAAUGUAGUCACCAGCUUUGCACCACAGCGGCGGGCAGCCUGGUGGCAGUCAGAGAAUGGUAUCCCUGCGGUCACCAUCCAGCUGGACCUGGAGGCUGAGUUUCAUUUCACACACCUCAUUAUGACCUUCAAGACAUUUCGCCCUGCUGCCAUGCUGGUGGAACGCUCAGCAGACUUUGGCCGCACCUGGCAUGUGUACCGAUAUUUCUCCUAUGACUGUGGGGCUGACUUCCCAGGAGUCCCACUAGCCCCCCCACGACACUGGGAUGACGUAGUCUGUGAGUCCCGCUACUCAGAGAUUGAGCCAUCCACUGAAGGCGAGGUCAUCUAUCGUGUGCUGGACCCUGCCAUCCCUAUCCCAGACCCCUACAGCUCACAAAUUCAGAACCUGUUGAAGAUCACCAACCUACGGGUGAACCUGACUCGUCUACACACGUUGGGAGACAACCUGCUCGACCCACGGAGAGAGAUCCGAGAGAAGUACUACUAUGCCCUCUAUGAGCUGGUUGUACGUGGCAACUGCUUCUGCUACGGACACGCCUCAGAGUGUGCACCCGCCCCAGGGGCACCAGCCCAUGCUGAGGGCAUGGUGCACGGAGCUUGCAUCUGCAAACACAACACACGUGGCCUCAACUGCGAGCAGUGUCAGGAUUUCUAUCAUGACCUGCCCUGGCAUCCAGCUGAGGACGGCCAUAGUCAUGCCUGUAGGAAGUGUGAGUGCCAUGGGCACACCCACAGCUGCCACUUCGACAUGGCCGUAUACCUGGCAUCUGGCAACGUGAGUGGAGGUGUGUGUGAUGGAUGUCAGCAUAACACAGCUGGGCGCCACUGUGAGCUCUGUCGGCCCUUCUUCUACCGUGACCCAACCAAGGACCUGCGGGAUCCGGCUGUGUGCCGCUCCUGUGAUUGUGACCCCAUGGGUUCUCAAGACGGCGGUCGCUGUGAUUCCCAUGAUGACCCUGCACUGGGACUGGUCUCCGGCCAGUGUCGCUGCAAAGAACAUGUGGUGGGCACUCGCUGCCAGCAAUGCCGUGAUGGCUUCUUUGGGCUCAGCAUCAGUGACCCUCUGGGCUGCCGGCGAUGUCAAUGUAAUGCACGGGGCACAGUGCCUGGGAGCACUCCUUGUGACCCCAACAGUGGAUCCUGUUACUGCAAACGUCUAGUGACUGGACAUGGAUGUGACCACUGCCUGCCUGGCCACUGGGGCCUGAGCCACGACCUGCUCGGCUGCCGCCCUUGUGACUGCGAUGUGGGUGGUGCCUUGGAUCCCCAGUGUGAUGAGGCCACAGGUCAAUGCCACUGCCGCCAGCACAUGGUUGGGCGACGCUGUGAGCAGGUGCAACCUGGCUACUUCCGGCCCUUCCUGGACCACCUAAUUUGGGAGGCUGAGGACACCCGAGGGCAGGUGCUCGAUGUGGUAGAGCGCCUGGUGACCCCGGGGGAAACUCCAUCCUGGACUGGCUCAGGCUUUGUGCGGCUACAGGAAGGUCAGACCCUGGAGUUCCUGGUGGCCUCUGUGCCGAAAGCCAUGGACUAUGACCUGCUGCUGCGCUUAGAGCCCCAGGUCCCUGAGCAAUGGGCAGAGUUGGAACUGACUGUGCAGCGUCCAGGGCCUGUGCCUGCCCACAGCCUGUGUGGGCAUUUGGUGCCCAAGGAUGACCGCAUCCAAGGGACUCUGCAACCACACGCCAGGUACAUGAUGUUUCCUAAUCCUGUCUGCCUUGAGCCUGGUAUCUCCUACAAGCUGCAUCUGAAGCUGGUACGGACAGGGGGAAGUGCCCAGCCUGAGACUCCCUACUCUGGACCUGGCCUGCUCAUUGACUCGCUGGUGCUGCUGCCCCGUGUCCUGGUGCUAGAGAUGUUUAGUGGGGGUGAUGCUGCUGCCCUGGAGCGCCGGGCCACCUUUGAACGCUACCAAUGCCACGAGGAGGGUCUGGUGCCCAGCAAGACUUCUCCCUCUGAGGCCUGCGCGCCCCUCCUCAUCAGCCUGUCCACCCUCAUCUACAAUGGUGCUCUGCCAUGUCAGUGCAACCCUCAAGGUUCACUGAGUUCUGAGUGCAACCCUCAUGGUGGUCAGUGCCUGUGCAAGCCUGGAGUGGUUGGGCGCCGCUGUGACCUCUGUGCCCCUGGCUACUAUGGCUUUGGCCCCACGGGCUGUCAAGCCUGCCAGUGCAGCCACGAGGGGGCACUCAGCAGUCUCUGUGAAAAGACCAGUGGGCAAUGUCCCUGUCGAACUGGUGCCUUUGGGCUUCGCUGUGACCACUGCCAGCGUGGCCAGUGGGGAUUCCCUAGCUGCCGGCCAUGUGUCUGCAAUGGGCAUGCAGAUGAGUGCAACACCCACACAGGCGCUUGCCUGGGCUGCCGUGAUCACACAGGCGGUGAGCACUGUGAAAGGUGCAUUGCUGGUUUCCACGGGGACCCACGGCUGCCAUAUGGGGGCCAGUGCCGGCCCUGUCCCUGUCCUGAAGGCCCUGGGAGCCAACGGCACUUUGCUACUUCUUGCCACCGGGAUGAAUAUUCCCAGCAGAUUGUGUGCCACUGCCGGGCAGGCUACACGGGGCUGCGAUGUGAAGCUUGUGCCCCUGGGCACUUUGGGGACCCAUCAAGGCCAGGUGGCCGGUGCCAACUGUGUGAGUGCAGUGGGAACAUUGACCCAAUGGAUCCUGAUGCCUGUGACCCCCACACGGGGCAAUGCCUGCGCUGUUUACACCACACAGAGGGUCCACACUGUGCCCACUGCAAGCCUGGCUUCCAUGGGCAGGCUGCCCGACAGAGCUGUCACCGCUGCACAUGCAACCUGCUAGGCACAAAUCCCCAGCAAUGCCCAUCUCCUGACCAGUGCCACUGUGAUCCAAGUAGUGGGCAGUGCCCAUGCCUCCCCAAUGUCCAGGGCCCUAGCUGUGACCGCUGUGCCCCCAACUUCUGGAACCUCACCAGCGGCCAUGGUUGCCAGCCUUGUGCCUGCCACCCAAGCCGGGCCAGAGGCCCCACCUGCAAUGAGUUCACAGGGCAGUGCCACUGCCGUGCCGGCUUUGGAGGGCGGACAUGUUCUGAGUGCCAAGAGCUCCACUGGGGAGACCCUGGGUUGCAGUGCCGUGCCUGUGAUUGUGACUCUCGUGGAAUAGAUACACCUCAGUGUCACCGCUCCACAGGUCACUGCAGCUGCCGCCCAGGCGUGUCUGGUGUGCGCUGUGACCAGUGUGCCCGUGGCUUCUCAGGAAUUUUUCCUGCCUGCCAUCCCUGCCAUGCAUGCUUCGGGGAUUGGGACCGAGUGGUGCAGGACUUGGCUGCCCAUACACGGCGCCUAGAGCAGCGGGCACAGGAGUUGCAGCAGACGGGUGUGCUGGGUGCCUUUGAGAGCAGCUUCUGGCAUAUGCAGGAGAAGCUGCGCAUUGUGCAAGGCAUCGUAGGUGCCCGCAACACCUCAGCCACCUCCACUGCACAGCUUGUGGAGGCCACAGAGGCGCUGCGGCGUGAAAUUGGGGAGGCCACUGAGCACCUGACUCAGCUCGAGGAAGAGCUGACAGAUGUGCAAGAUGAGAACUUCAAUGCCAACCAUGCAUUAAGUGGUCUGGAGCGAGACAGGCUUGCACUUAAUCUCACACUGCGGCAGCUCGACCAGCAUCUUGACUUGCUCAAACAUUCAAACUUCCUGGGUGCCUAUGACAGCAUCCGGCAUUCCCAUAGCCAGUCUGCAGAGGCAGAACGUCGUGCCAAUACCUCAGCCUUGGCAGUACCUAGCCCUGUAAGCAACUCGGCAAGUGCUCGGCAUCGGACAGAGGCACUGAUGGAUGCCCAGAAGGAGGACUUCAACAGCAAACACAUGGCCAACCAGCAGGCACUCGGCAAGCUCUCUGCCCACACCCACACCCUGAGCCUGACAGACAUAAAUGAGCUGGUGUGUGGAGCACCAGGGGAUGCACCCUGUGCUACAAGCCCUUGUGGGGGUGCCGGCUGUCGAGAUGAGGAUGGGCAGCCCCGCUGUGGGGGCCUCAGCUGCAGUGGGGCAGCGGCUACAGCAGACCUAGCACUGGGCCGGGCCCGGCACACACAGGCAGAGCUGCAGCGGGCACUGGCAGAAGGUGGUAGCAUCCUCAGCAGAGUGGCUGAGACUCGUCGGCAGGCAAGCGAGGCACAUCAGCGGGCCCAGGCAGCCCUGGACAAGGCUAAUGCUUCCAGGGGACAGGUGGAACAGGCCAACCAGGAACUUCGAGAACUUAUCCAGAGUGUGAAGGACUUCCUCAACCAGGAGGGGGCUGAUCCUGAUAGCAUUGAGAUGGUGGCCACACGGGUGCUAGAGCUCUCCAUCCCAGCUUCAGCUGAGCAGAUCCAGUACCUGGCGGGUGCGAUUGCAGAGCGAGUCCGGAGCCUGGCAGAUGUGGACGCAAUCCUGGCACGUACUGUAGAAGAUGUGCGUCGUGCCGAGCAGCUACUGCAGGAUGCACGGCGGGCAAGGAGCCGGGCUGAGGAUGAGAAACAGAAGGCAGAGAUAGUACAGGCAGCACUGGAGGAGGCCCAGCGGGCACAGGGUGUUGCCCAGGGUGCCAUCCGGGGGACAGUGGCUGACACACGGGACACAGAGCAGACCCUGUACCAGGUACAGGAGAGGAUGGCAGGUGCAGAGCAGGCACUGAGCUCUGCAGGUGAAAGGGCUCGGCAGCUGGAUGCUCUCCUGGAGGCUCUGAGAUUGAAAUGGGCGGGAAAUAGUCUGGCAGCCUCUACAGCAGAAGAAACGGCAGGCAGUGCCCAGGGUCGUGCCCAGGAGGCUGAGCAGCUGCUGAGGGGCCCUCUGGGUGAUCAGUACCAGACGGUGAAGGCCCUGGCUGAGCGCAAGGCCCAGGGUGUGCUGGCUGCACAGGCAAGGGCAGAACAACUGCGGGAUGAGGCUCGGGACCUGUUGCAAGCCGCUCAGGACAAGCUGCAGCGGCUACAGGAAUUGGAAGGCACCUAUGAGGAAAAUGAGCGGGCACUGGAGAGUAAGGCAGCCCAGCUGGACGGGUUGGAGGCCAGGAUGCGCAGCGUGCUUCAAGCCAUCAACUUGCAGGUGCAGAUCUACAACACCUGCCAGUGACCCCUGCCCAAGGCCUACCCCAGUUCCUAGCACCGCCCCACAUGCAUGUCUGCCUAUGCACCGAAGAGCUCUUGGCCCGGCAGGGCCCCCAAUAAACCAGUGUGAACCCCCA